GUACUUGGCAAUUUUCUUCAUUGGACUCAUUGUAUUGCGCCUGAAGUGGCAACCAGCUCGAUUUUCCAGCAGUGUUUUGUGUGUUCAUAGCGACCAAAGACGCAGAUUCAUAAGUUUACCAAGCAGUGUAUUUUAUUUUCGGAAAACUUUCCAGACAGCUACAUUUAAAUGGCACCCAAUUUACACUUUAACAAGGAGGAGAUUGAAGCCUUGACCAACAUGUUCAAGGCUCUGGGAAAGGCUAACCCAUCCAGGCCAGAGAAGCUUGAGAGGACUCAAGUCAGGGAGCAGCUGCAUGUCCAGUUUGGAGUGACAGACGACAUCAUCCUAGACAGAAUUGUCAGAGUAUUUGAUCUUGAUAGUGAUAAUUACAUCAACUUGUCAGAGUGGCUUCAAGGCUUGUCUGUAUUCUUAAAGGGAACGUAUGAAGAGAAGAAGCAGUUUUGUUUUAAGGUAUAUGACCUGAACGAUGAUGGGUUCAUCACAAGGGAGGAGCUCUUCAACCUUCUCAAGAGCAGCAUGACCAAGCUUCAGACAGAGGAAGACCCCGAUGAGGGCAUCAAGGAACUCUUGGAAAUCGCCAUCAAGAGGAUGGAUAUAGACAAGGAUGGUAAGAUUGGCCAGGAUGAUUUCUCACAAGCAGUUGAUACUGAUAUCUUGUAUUUGGAACACUUUGGAUCAUGCCUUCCAGAGCCCAAAGAUGUGAAGGCGUUCUUCAAGGUGGCGGCCAAAUACCCUCCUCACAAGGAGAGAUAUUACUAGCAUCUCUGAGAAACAGUUGGAUGUUGACAGAUUCUUGGCGACCCUUUGCAGUAAGACUGUCAGCAACAACUAGUAAGAUAACGACAAAUUCACACAUAGUUUCACAUGACAACAUUCCAUAGUUUGGAAAGAAAAAAUCUAAAUUGGAAGAUAAUGACUUCCGUGGCUCUGAGCAGAGGUGUCAACAAGUUCUGGGCGGUCUGAUCCUGAGAUAUGCAAUCUUAUCAUUUUCUCCAUCCCAAACUUUGGCGAAGAAUGUCAGAAUAGCUUCCUUUUCCUGCGUGAAGUAACUUGGACAAGUGUGAAUCUGCCUAGGUACAUUUGAGGUCAUCGCAGGUUUUUCAAGGAUUGUUUUGUUAUUUUUCAACAAAUGCUAGAGGCAAAAGCAAGGUACCCAUCAGAAUUGUACUCAAUGAACACAUGUACACCAUUAUUUAAAACAAAACUACCAGAACUUCUUACAAAAAGGGACAAUUGCAACGGUUCUUGCAGUUUGGCACUGUGUACAUAAUAUUUUUGUAUAGUUAAUGUGAAGAUGAGUGGUGGUAGCAUUACAUAUGAUCUGAAACAAGAAUUUUUCUCCGUCCAAAGACAUGAAGUUAUAUAUAUAGUGCCUUCAGGCUUUUAAUUGAAACAUAGGCCGUUUUCUAAUACUCGACUUGGGCUCCGUCUCAGGCUUCAACUGUUUUUUACUUCCUGUCUUUGAGGUUGUAAGCG